UCCAUAGCAGCAGCAGGCAACGGGCCAUACAUCUCAUCUUAACCUUAUCCGCCGACUCGGUUCAUUUCAUUUCCGGCUGGGCAGGGCAGGGUAGGGCAGAGUUUGUUCUCACAGUACCAGCACUAUCGACGCAGCGCAGCAAUCCCACCAGUGGCGCAGAUGGCCGUGCACUUGGCAACGACGCCCUUGUUUCUGGGCACCAAACCUUCUCAGACACCAUCAUCAUCCUUCACCAGAACUCCCUUCCUCGGCUUGCCCCUCGCCUCUUCAUCCAGGCCGCCGUACGCUCGCGUCGACAACGUGUCCAGGAUUCUCUGCCAGGACAAGGAUAAGGCCGCUCUCGUGCCGGCAGAGCAGCAAUGGAUGUUUGAUUGCAUCACUGGCCCGGAUGUUUUGAAUAAAACAUGGUAUCCCAAAGCCUCAGACCAUGUUAACACAGAUAAGCCUUGGUAUGUCGUGGAUGCAACCGACAAGAUUCUAGGAAGAUUGGCUUCAACUAUAGCCAUUCACAUCAGGGGAAAAAAUCUGGCAACAUACACUCCUAGUGUGGACAUGGGAGCAUUUGUUGUAGUGGUCAAUGCUGAGAAGGUUGCUGUAUCUGGAAAGAAAAGGACGCAGAAACUCUACAGAAGGCAUUCUGGACAACCAGGUGGAAUGAAAGUGGAAACUUUCGACCAGCUUCAGAAAAGAAUUCCUGAACGAAUAAUUGAGCAUGCUGUCCGAGGGAUGCUUCCUAAAGGACGUCUUGGAAGAUCAUUGUUCAACCAUCUCAAGGUUUACACGGGUCCAAACCACCCCCAUGAAGCUCAGAAACCCAUUGACUUGCCCUUGAGGGAUAAGAGGAUACAAAAACAGGCAUGAAUAAUUGUUGCCCCGCAUGUUGUCUCCGUGAGAAAACAAACUGUUGAGGAGGCUACUUUUGGGCUUUUUAAAUUAUUUGCGCUUUUCUUGUAAUUGAAUAUAGCAGUGGCAGUUUUAUGAUGUGCGAUCUUAGCA